AUGGCGCCGCGCACACCUCAAUGGCUAUUCCGCGGCAACGCGGUGUUCCCGGCGGAAGGCGGCACCCAUGCGCGACCGCGGGCUCCCGGCAGCGCGUCCACAGGAGCGACCAACGGCCAACGCUUGGACCGGCGGCUCUGUCCUGCGCGGCAGUCAGGGCAGAAUGAGAAAGAACAGAGGUUGUGGAUCUCCAUCGAUUCAAGAAUUGAAGGCCUCAACAACGAACGCCAAUGGAUUCCCAUCGAUUCAUUGAUGAAAAAGGAAAAAGGUACCAUGCGUUCUUCAAUUCUUCCUGCACUGCACUGGAUCAAGCGACAACUGCCGUUGCUUUUCAUCAGCAUCGCCAGCGGCGCCCGCGUCCAUGCACCUUGCACACACACGGCUGUCCAGCGAUGCGUCGAGGUGUCUGCCGGCCUCUAA